AUGGCGAACUGCUCAUCCUUCCGGAAUCAUUGCAUGAUGCGCCCAUCAGAUUACCACACGCCGUCCCCACCCAGAGAUGCCGUCGAGUUGAUCUCUCCGGCCCGAACUCCCGCCCAUUCCCCCACGUCCCCCUCCUCCAUCAUCCGCAACGUCCCUUCCCGCGAUGGCCAGCAACCCAGUUACGAACCAUUUUUUGGUGUUCAGGAAUCUUCAAUAAAGCAUGAGUGGAAUAAUCCUUUUCAGGAUGGAAAUAGAACGGGAAGUCAACAUCCUCAUAAUCCCCAACCACAACCACAUCAACAAGAGUAUCACCACUACCGUGGUUCAUCCACCAGCCAUCCAACUGCAAACCCUGCGAACAAAAUCGGGCAGAGAUCCGGCUCAAACAUCGAUGCGCUGGCUACCAUUGCCCUUGCGACAAGCCCUACCUUUGCGCCUCUUACAUACGAUGAACCUGCGUCUGCUGGCCUCGCCACCACCACCACCACCAAACACCAUCAACCCUCUACUACCGACCAGUCCGAACGUCCAUCCAAACGCGCUCGGUCGGAAAAAGCUUCAUCUCCUUCAUGGCUAACGAGGCCUGUGACAAGCCACAUCUCGGCAUUCGACAGCAUGAAGACCGAUGCGGAGUUGCUGCUCAACUUUGCGAGACCAAGCAACUUCCCCCGCUACCAAGAUGGCCCAAAACCCCAACUCCAGCUGCAAUCCGCGAACCAGCCGGCAAGACCGAAUCGCCGAACUGCAGCAGUUCAAUGGGCUACAGAUCCUGCUGACUUGUGGGUGAAGAAAUGGGACAUUACUGCUGAGAAUAAACCAUCCUCCGCUUUCUUUGGGAGCAACCCUGGCGGGGCCCCUUCCCGUAUUCGAUCGAAGUCGGAUGGCUCCGCUUUCAUGGGAAGACCGGUGAUGAAUGGCUUUGUCUCCGGCUCUUCCCCGUUGCCCCCGUUGAUGGGACAUGCUCUUGAAGAUGACCAGGUCGAUCCGCGUGAGACUGUAGAGAAGCCUCACGGUACCAUGCAAGCCAACCAUCUAGAUGUCCAGCAAAAGCCACCCACUCCAUUCCAGCGUCGAAAUAGCGUGCCUGCCUCUGAUUUAAAAGCUGAGGACUCUGAUAACGACAGCUCGAGUCAAGCAACCUGUGCUUCAUGCAACCUCGACCGGAUCGGAUCCGAUGGAGAGGACGAGGACUCCGUGACAUGGAUAAGUUGCGAUGGAUGUAAUAAGUGGUUCCAUAUCGUGUGCGCCGGGUUUAAAAGUGACCGCGACACCAGAACGGUUGACAAGUUUAUCUGUCGUACAUGUCGACCUCUCCAUGGACCCACAACUUUUGUACGCAAGUCUUCUCGGGCACGAACAGCUAUCGACUAUGCUGGCUUGAAUCAAGGGUUCAUAAUGUCCUCGACGGAAACUCCGGAGCAUCAUUAUAUCCAGCCAAUCAAAGAUGGGAAGAUCACGUUCUUGCCAGACAACUUUGCGCGCAUACGUCCCGAGCUCGUCACUGCGGAGUAUUUUGAGAAAGGUAUUGGGAUGACCGAGCCGAUUGUCAUACCGGCAUCGUUCAAUACACGCGCCUCUGUCCCUGGUUCUUCUGAUUAUAUUCCGCCUGAAGUUGCCACUGAGGAGGAACUUGAUGAAAUCAUAGAUAACAUGCCCGAGGAUGACGAUGAUGGUAACUACACAGAAGUAAUCGACUGCGGUCAGGACUUGUUGGACAUGGUCAUCCCCCAAGGUCUGACCGUUCGACAUGUUGCUGAACUCUAUGGACCGGAGGAGAGGGUCGAAGUGAUCGAUGUCAAAUCGCAGCAAGGGGAGGACAAGAGAUGGAACAUGCAAAAGUGGGCGGAUUACUAUUAUGAUGAUUCCGCAUCCAAAAUUGUUCGAAAUGUUAUCAGUCUCGAGGUGUCGAACAGCCCGCUGGGAAGACUCAUUCGUCGACCCAAGAUAGUCCGCGACCUUGAUCUUCAGGAUCAUGUGUGGCCAGCCGAGCUACAGGCCAUAGGCGAUUUCCCCAAAGUACAAUUCUACGUCUUAAUGUCCGUUGCGGAUUGCUACACUGACUUCCAUAUCGAUUUUGGGGGUUCUUCGGUUUACUACCACAUUCUCAAGGGAAGCAAAACAUUCUUUUUCAUUCCACCCAAGGAUAAAUACCUGAAAAAGUACGAAGAAUGGUGCAACUCCGCUGCGCAGGAUACUACGUUUCUUGGAAACCAGACUAAGGAAUGUUAUCGCGUCGAUCUCUCAGCGGGCGACACGAUGCUCAUUCCUUCCGGUUGGAUUCAUGCCGUUUGGACUCCAGAAGAUAGUCUCGUCAUUGGCGGAAACUUUCUCACAAGAAUGAACUACGGAAUGCAAAUCAAAGUCGCGAAGAUUGAAAAGGACACCAAGGUACCUAAGAAAUUCCGCUACCCGUUCUUCCAGAAGAUCCUAUGGUAUGCUGCCAUCAAAUACCUGGAGGACGACCCGAUCCCGCAAUCGGUCCUGGAAUCCUUCUCCCGUGACGAGAAUUACCUCUUCUAUCGCGAGUAUCCGAUUUACUAUGAGUUCGGAGAACGCGGCAAUACUGCUAAGCCAGGAACGGAGUAUUAUAACGCUCGAUAUUACUCUCAGGCUGAGCUAGACGGGCUGCCUGAACUGGCAAAAUAUCUCCUGAGAACUGCCUUGAUUGCUGGCGGAUACCAAGUUGAUGGCGUUACGACUGAGACUAGGAAUGCGGUUAGGAGAUCCAUUCCCAAGGGACAGGGAGAUCCCGUUGAUACGAUUAUGAAGUUUGGGAUGUGGGUUGCAUGGAAGCGCGGAAAUGAGCCUGCCGCCAAGUGGACGCGCCCCGGUGCCAUAUCGUUUGACACCAAGGUUGAUAUGUCGGAUAGGAAACCAGCUGGAAGACCAAGUCGACGCUCGCAGCGGAACAUCGCUGCUGAAAGUCCGCAGCUCAACGCCAACGAAGCUAAAAAUAUGACAGAUUCGCAAACCAGCGGUCGUCGUCUGUCAGAUCUCUCAUCAGAAAAUACGAAUAACGGUGUCAUUUCCAGUACCAGCUCUAGUUCCACAACUGCGCCGUCGAUGAGCGGAACGCCCGGUCCACCAAAAAGGAAAGCUUCACUUAGCAAUGUGAAGGAUGACAUUAGCCAGUUGGCAAGUUCUUAUUCUACUAAUAAUAGUAAUAAUAAUAUCAAUAAGCCGCGCUUGAUGCAGAAGCCGACGGGCCUGGGUCCGAAACGUGUUGCUUGUGACGCUUGUCGGAAACGGAGAAUUCGCUGUCGACAUAAGGAUGAACAGAUGCUUGUGGAGAGUUUUGUGCCUGUUACUGCUUCAAUGUCGAGUAAGCAGCCUAUCAAUGGCAGAGUUAUAACUACUGUCGCUGCUGCUGCUGCUGGAACAUUCUCUGCGGUAAAUGUGGAUGGGAUUAAGGAACGGCAUGCUGCUGCUGUUGGUGAUGCUGGUGCCACGGUGGGUGAGGAUGCUUACGCAGCUGCUGCUUCUUCGACGAGCGGGUCACUGUUGAUGACAUCCCAGCCUAACGCGGGGAAAGUGAAGGGGUUUAGUUCGAAUUCUUCUGGUGCUGGGAAGAAGAGGAGAAGUAAGGCUUGUGAUGAGUGUAGGAAGAGCAAGCGUCGGUGUAUUCAUGAUGAGAAUGGCCGGAUAGAUCCCGUCAAGGCUCAGGAACGUUCUAAACCUCGAGCAACGGCUUCAACGAAGCGUCCACCAUUCAGUGAAGAUAAUCUAUCCCCCUCUCUAACCAAGCGCCAAAAGCCGGAGUUCUACAUUUCUGGCGAGGAACCUCCCCAGGCUCAACUUGACUUUGAGUCCGUUCGAACAGAGUUUCCCAUGAACCGCAUGAACGGAGAGAAUGAGAAGCCAGUCGCUGUUAUUCCAAUGCAACAAGAAAUUGGCCCAAGUCAAACGUCAUACGCCUCACCACCAACCUUAAAGGCGGACCUCGUACCGGCUGCAGAACUCACGUCCAUACCUACAACUGCGGCCCCAGCAAGCAGUCUUGUCUCCCCACCCACCUCGCUUGCAGAUGAUUUGGAGGUUGAUCCCAACCAGACAGAUGGCGAGGAAAAGGCUCCCAACGUUAAGAGCGAACAAGAACAGCAGAAGCAAAAUGGUGAACGCUCCGUCAUUGCCUACACAUCCACCACUGCAUCCCGCAACCCUACCCACCAACGUUGCGCAGUUUCUGAUGCGGAGGCAGGUAGUUGCAAGACCGCAACAACACGAACCCUACCUACAGUAACAGUCACAACCGAACCUUCAGACCUGUCAGUAACACUCCCAUCUUCAUCUGCUACCUCCAUCUCCACCGCCCUCAAAAUGCCGUCUUUCACUACCUCUUCCCCUUCCACCUCUCGCUGGCCCUCAUCACACAACCGCACAACCACCACUCCCCCAUCAUCCUCUUCCUUCAAGCACGAAAGGGAACAGAAACAGCACACUCCCGUUGUUGACAAGAAACGUGGUGUCGCUGUUGACGAAGGAAGCAACAAUCCUCCUCCCAGCCCCAGGUCUCAUCCAAACCAAAAACAAGACCAGGGCCAGAGUCAGAAUCGUAGCCAACGAACCUCGCCGGCGUCUCCCCAACGUCAUCGCAGCAAACUAACGAGUCGUGACCGCGGUAGCUUCUCAGACGCGGACGCAGACCCGGAUACAUUGCGGCUGAUUAGGGAGAUGCAGGAGCAAGAUUUUGGGUUGAGGAAGAGGCCUGCCCGGACGUGA